AUGCCUGCCCAGGCAGUGCUUAAACAAGGUGCAGCGGAAGAAGAGAAAGAACUCAAGCAGGAAAUGACAGCCAUGGAUGGAGAUGAGUGGGAAGAUGAAGGCGAGGAAGAGGGAGAGGGCCACGCGCGAAGCCAGGCAAGAGCGGGCGGGGACGGCGUCUGCCUCUUGGGUCAAUACCUUCUCGGCUCCCUCUUCGGCGCCCUAGCCGGCUUCGUCAUGAAGCGCUUGCUCUUUCGCGGCUUGGGCACAGGGUCUGGCCGGUACUCGAGAGGGUUGAUGGGCAUGGACGUCGUCGUGCGCCUGGCUGGUGGUGAGGGGGCCAGACGAUGA